AUGAGCCAGAACGGACAAGCCGGCUUGCUCAGGAGGAUAGUGGGUUACGUGGCAGGGUGGUCGCAAGAACAAUCAACUCCUCAGACGGUGGAAUCGCAGGCGCGCAACGCUUGGUUACGGACGGAUGCUUUUUUGCAGUAUGAGACCCAAGACUUCGAGAGUCUCGAUCCACAGCACCAAGCGAAAGCAUUGGGUGCGCUCAAUAAUCUCGUACAGUUCAAACAGAACCAGGAUGUAGACUUUAAAUUUAACCAAGAGGCGCCGUACCCGAACCUCGAAGCAGUCAAUCACAUCUUGCAACGGGCAGAUGGACAGGGAAGCCGACCGUCGAACGCAGCAAUCCGUUUGAGCAAACGAAAGCGAGACCAGGACGCUGUCCUCAACGAGUUCCAGUGCAUGGAUACGCUCACGAAGAAACGCCGGGUAAUUGUUCGAGACGACCCAGACGCGGUGAAUGAUGCGAAUGCGCCCGAAGCAGACUUUGCAAUUAGGGCGAGACAACGGUCCAUGUCGCUAUACCAGGGGCUGCGGACGCACUGGACGUGUGUAUGUCAGAAAUGCUCGCGCUUGAGCGUCAGGCUCUCGUUGCCUGCGCCGAGGAAAAGCUCGCCGUUAGAGACGUCAUUCGAAGUCUUUUUCGGCGUGCAAUCACUGGUGCAGGUCUCACUACAGGAGGCAAAGAUCACGAUCAAGGACGAGGCAGUCGACGUAUAUGGGCACAAAUCAGAGAUCGCGCCUAGUGUGUUGUCUGAUUUUGUGCAUAUCUGUCAGACUGUCACAGAGUCGUUAGAUCAACAAACUUGCUUACAUCUUAAGUUUGAAAACGGAGUGUUCAAGAGGCUUCGUCCACAGCCUAAAGUCUUUGGGGACCCUCACCACCCACAGAUGGUGUCACUAUCUGCUCUUUUCAAACGCCAGCAGCAGCUGACGGGCGGGACCUCGGUUUUGCCACACAUGGGAAAGCGAAUACUUGCGGUCGUCCUCGCAACCGCGCUGCUUCCCUUCCUUGAAACACCUUGGGUGCAACCGACCUUCAACCAUUCAAACAUACAGUUCUUCCAGCCAUUGGGAGAAGACAGUCUUCCCGAUAUUACAAAACCUUUUCUGGACAUGAAGCGAGUUCCUAUUGCCAUGCCCAAUAGAGCAGUGGCCAGGGGAAAUGAAGCCGAGGCGGACGCUGCGAAGCAUAUGGUCCAUCCUAAUGCUAGCGUGCUCGCGCUUGGUAUUCUGUUGUGCGAGCUUCAUUACUGCAAACCUAUAGAAGCUUGGCAAGACGACCCAGACGCUAGCCAAACUGUCAACAGCGCUUACUAUACCAGCUUAGAAGUCCUUAAAGACCUCGAUGUCGAUGCUGGCAUGGAUUAUUACCUUGCCACAAAGGCAUGUCUUCAAUGGGAAUACCUACCCGCUGGAGAGCAUACACCAUUUGAAUCCGCGAGUGUUCAAAAGCUGUUCUACCAGAACGUGGUGAAGAGACUCGAAUCCGAGAUCCCCAAGACGUGGCUGAAAGGCUUAGAAAACUUGCAGAGCUUGAGUGCUUACGAAAACCAGCGUUGUUGGGGCAAGAAUGGCUGCGAGGUCAUCCGACAGCACACAGCUAGGCGCGAGUCAGUUACAAAAGCUACUCCAGAACACCCCGCGGUCUCAUCGUCUCCAGAUCCGCAAACGACAGGUAGAUGGUACAGCACAGUGCAGACUCCCAGCUUGCCUCGCCAGUCCAUACCUGUUGAAGCCUCUCAAAGCUUACAAUUAUUUGAUGCAAACCAUCAAAUGGUCUCUGUGCAAGAAAAAGCAUUAUCAGAUCGUUGGAUGGAUAAAAUGCUGAUGCCGAUCUGUCAGCAUGUUGAGCCCUAUGAGGUCUUUAUGUCGCAAGGAGGGACGCCACAGGCUGCGUCUGGCAUUGAUGGGCUGGUGCGGAUAGCAAUAUUGGACUCUGGUUUCGACCUUACCCAUCCGCUGUUGAGGACCGACGAAGGAAACAUUGAUCCGCGGAUAAAGGGAUUCCAAAACUUUGUUGCCGGACGGGAUGCGCAGGAGUAUCAGGAUGAGAUUGGACACGGCACCCACGUCCUUGGUCUCCUCCUUAAGGUUGCCACAUGCGCUGAGAUUUACAUAGCCAGAGUCGCAAACCAAGCAACGCUAGGUCGCGACAGCUAUAGCGCCAUCUCAAAGGCCAUCAACCACGCCGUAUCUGUGUGGGAGGUGGAUGUUAUCUCCAUGUCCUUUGGAAUCCGGGAAUUUGAUGAGGAUAUGAAAGAAGCAAUACUGAAUGCACGACACAAGAAAACACUGAUGUUCGCGGCAGCGUCAAACGACGGGGCAAACCACGGUCGAGCUUUCCCAGCCAAAGAUCGCGGGGUCUUUUGCAUACACUCAUCCGAUGGAAACGGGAACCCUUCCGGCUUCAAUCCGACUGCUGAGGAAGACGAUGUGAACUUCUGCCUCCUCGGGGAAAAUGUUGAAUCCCACUGGCCAGUCGGUACGAAUGGCCACAACAGUAACUUUCGUGUCAUGUCUGGGACAUCGAUAGCGACGCCAAUCGCCGCCGGGCUUGCUGCUUCGCUCCUCUCUCUUGUGAGGCAACAAGAGCAGGAUUCGCCUACUGAUCCCGACCGACUAGGCAGGUGGCUGAAAGAUUUUGACUCCAUGGAAGCUGUGCUCAAGAGUAUAACGAAGGGCAAGAGAGGCGCCGGUUACGACUACAUCCUGCCGCACUUUCUGUCGAGCAUGGGAUCAUCAAGGGACGAGAUAUAUACCAGAAUCAAGCAAAUCAGGGGCGGCAUGUUUCAGUAA